AUAGAUCUUACGUUGCUCUGAGUUGCUGGCCAAUGGAUGAAGAGAUGAACGAGUGGUCUUCCCAUCCGCGCGGCCUCGACUGGGUGCCGCAGUCGUCGGGCACCGGUGACUUCAAUGUUGUCUUCGUUGGUGCCGGCGUCAUCAUGUUUGGUUCGGACACGGUCCCCUGGAAUCAUUCGUUCCGCUUUGAACACAAACUAGGCCCCCGAUUCAAGCUUGUUGCGCUCAUUGACCCCGCGGUCGAAAACGCGGAGAUGCGGCUACAGCAGAAGCGUGAGACCUUCGUGCGGUCUGCCUAUGAAGAUACCAAGAUCUUCCGCAACCUCGACGAGUUCGUGCAGAAUAUGACGCCCGACAUGGCUCCGCGGGCGAUCGUUGUUGGUUCGCCACCGAUGUUUCGGGGCACGACGAGGAACGGCCGGGAUGUGGAACAGCAGAUCCUGAAGUACUUCCCUGGUGUCCCACUAUUCAUUGAGAAGCCCGUGGCGACAGGUCCGAAGGACGAGCUUUCUGAUAUCUUUGGGGUUGCGAAGUCAGUUUCCGCGAGCGGAACAAUUUGCUCAGUCGGGUACAUGCUGCGCUACCUGCGCGCCACUCAAAUGAUGAAAAAAAUCGUCCAGGAAAAUAAUUUGACAGUUAUAGCAACGAUUGCUCGCUACGCCGCCGCCUACGAGAGCAUUGCGAAGCUCGACUGGUGGGACAAGGCAAAAAGCGCUGGGCCAAUCAUCGAGCAAGCGACGCACUUCUGCGACCUGUCGCGCUACUUUGGCGGCGAAGUCGACAUCUCGACAGUUGUUGCACACUCGGUCGAGUGGGAUGAAGAGCCUGGACGGCUUUCGAAGCUCCAGUUCGCGGAGUCGCUCAUCCCGCCUGAGAACCGAAUUUCGCGUGCGACGUCUGCUACCUGGAAGUACAAGAACGGUGCCGUUGGAAGUCUGACCCACCUCGUCGCUCUGCAGGGCCUCGACUACAGCUGUGAGCUCGAGGUUUACGCAGACGGUUACCAACUCAAACUCCUGAACCCGUACGUCCAGCCGGUUCUACACAUCCGGCGGCCAGGCAGCGAUGCGGAGGAGGUGCAUAACUUUGCGGAAGACGACCCGUACUUCUCUGAAGUCUCGGUGUUUGUCGACAACAUCGAAGGCUCACCAGAGGCGGCGCAGAUUCUCUCCAGCUUCGAGGACGCUGUGCGGACGUACGAGCUGACGUGGGCCAUCCGCGAGGCCGCGGAGCGGUCGAGGGCGGCGACGAAGGCGAAGUCGGCGUAAAGGCAAGAUUGCUCGAGUGCAACUGUACAAUACGUGUCCAGAGGUGAAUAGAGUUUAUCAUCGGUAGUCGAUCGUUCGCUUCUCGAAACAUCUUUCAAAGGACGCUGCCAUGAGGCAGAGUUCCGUUUCUAGGACCCUGCACUGAAUUCUCAGGCCUCCCUCACGUGUUUAUUGAGGUAACAACCUUCUGGCCCUACUUGCAGGCCCCGACUUACCAAGUGAGUGCGUGAACAUGCUCAAGCAGUUCAGUCUUCAUAGCGUAUACUGCAGAUGCUUCAGAUAUCCGAGACCCGGAUGGACCAUGGGUAUUAGUUAACAAGGGAUAUCUGGCCCGCCUGCAGGACCUGCACACUUUGCGGGAGGAGCCAUGUAUAUGCGGCUUCUUUCGCACGACGGGCAUUUAGUCUCCCCCAAUUACAUGUUCGAACAGCCGCAGAUCUUUGACGUAGGCUCAUCCGAUCCCUUUUUCCUUAUCG